CGAACCGGAAGUGGUGUGCGUCUUUCCGCUUUGACCUCUCAGACAAGAUGGCUAUCCCGGAGCUGCUGCUGGACUCCAGUAUACGGCUGUGGGUUGUGUUACCCAUCGUCUUCAUCACCUUCUACAGCGGCCUCCUGAGGCAUCAUAUCACCCGGCUGCUGCAAGGGGAGAAGAAGACGGAGCUGGAGCCCCUGAGUGACAGUCAGGUUUUGAUCCGGAGCCGAAUCCUCAGGGAGAACGGGAAAUACAUCCCCAGGCAGUCGUUCCUCAUGAGGAAGUUGUACUUCAACGACGCAGAGACCGGCUUCUUCAAGAAGACCAAGAGGAAAGUGAUCCAGAAGAACCCAAUGACAGAUCCCUCCAUGAUGACGGAGAUGAUGAAGGGCAACCUCACCAACGUCCUCCCCAUGAUCCUCAUCGGCGGAUGGAUCAACUGGGCCUUCUCUGGCUUCCUGACGACCAAGGUUCCCUUCCCCCUGACCCUGCGAUUCAAGCCCAUGCUGCAGCGGGGCAUUGAGCUCGAGUCCCUAGACGCCUCUUGGGUGAGCUCUGCCUCCUGGUAUUUCCUCAACGUGUUUGGCCUGAGGAGCAUGUACACGCUGAUCCUGGGACAGGACAAUGCUGCCGACCAGAGCCGUGUCAUGGAGGACCAGAUGACCGGAGCGGCCAUGGCCGCACCACAAGACACCAAUAAAGCCUUCAAAGCCGAAUGGGAAGCCAUGGAGAUCACAGAACAUCAGUGGGCGCUGGAGAACGUGGAGGAAGAUCUCGUCUCGAAGGACCUGAACCUGGAGCAGUAAUCGCCACACGGCCAAAAAGACCUUACCCUUGGACACAGUAUUUUUUUUUUUCUUACAGAUUGCCAAAAUUAAAGUCCUAUUAUAAUA